AUGCACUGUGUUGCGGAGAGAACGCGCUCUAGAAAAGCCCUAAUUGACAAACAACAAGUGAAACAACAGAGCAGUAGCAGCAACAACAGCAAUGGGGGUGACGUUGUUGGUCUAAGUUACGAUGAUGAAGAUGUUUUCUGGGGGCAAACUAGUGGCUCCGGAAGUGAGUCUUCAGAUUCUUAUUUGGUUGAGGGUUUGGAUGAAAAUGACUACGACGAUGAGGUACGCUUAGUGGAAAAUAGUGAUGGUGAUGUGGGAAGAAGAAGAAGAAAGAGUAACGGGAAGUGGAGAAGGGAAAUGAACAUUGACAUGGGUGAGUUUGGAGUGAGGAGAAGAAAAGUGUUUGGGUUAGAUAUAUUGAUAAGCAGGAAUGCAAACGAAGAGGGUAAGUGUGCAGCACAGAGGACACGUUCACAUUUUCGUAGGAGCAAGAAAUUGAUGUUUGGGACUUUAAGUCGACCUAUUUGCCUUGAUGAAGAAGAGGAUCAGGAUCAGGAGGAUCACUCUGUCUUGUUUUCUCUUGCACGUGAGAAGAGAGAGUUAGAGGAGCUUUGGGUUGAGAUGGAGUGUGCUCUUAAAUCUAGCCAAUGCAAUUCUGGGGAUUGUUGGUUUGAAGAGGGAAGUGGUUCUGUUGAAGAAAAACAUAAAGAUUGCAAGGGGGAAGAAGGGUUUGAGUUUGCAAAGAAGAAACACAGCCAUGAUGUAGAAGAUUGUGAAGUGGUUAAUGUUCUUCAGGAUCUUAUCUGUGGUAAGGAGGAGGUGCCUCUGGAUUCAGAGCCCGAUCCAAAUGUGGAUUUGCCACCUUUGAGGUUUACUCUUCAAACAAAGGAACGAAAGACAGUUGAAAAAUCAGAACAGGAGAAAGAAUUAGAUGAACUGUGGAUUGAGAUGGAUUACUGUCUUUAUGGUGACCAACAAAACUCUGUUCCUGCUUCUCAGGUUCAAAGUAACACUGAUUCUGAUCAUGAUCAGUUUCCCAUGGAUGAAGUUAAUACACUUACUCUUUGUCGUCAAGGGAAGCACCAUCUCAUUCUUAAUGAGGAAAUUGGACUUGUAUGUGCAUAUUGCUUGCAUGUCGACUUGGAGAUCAAGUAUAUUGUACCUCCUUUUUGUGAAAAUCCAUGGGGAAGGUCGCACAGGAGAGACUCUUGCACUUUGGACCAUGGGAACCACUCUGCCUUUGAUGAGCUUCAGCAUAUAGCUGCUGGCCAUGAUGAUUAUAACCUCUGUAAUCACUCUGGGACUGUUUGGGAUAUAAUUCCUGGGCUCAAAAAAACUAUGUAUCCUCAUCAGUGUGAAGCAUUUGAAUUUCUCUGGAGGAAUUUAGCUGGUGGAAUUUUUCUUGAUAAAUUGAAAGGACAAAAGGAAUUUCCUGGUGCCAGUGGGUGCAUUAUAUCUCAUGCCCCUGGCACUGGGAAAACCCGACUUGCUAUUGUAUUUCUCCAGGCUUACAUGGAGUUGUAUACGACAUGCAGACCGAUGAUUAUUGCUCCUAAAGGGAUGCUUCUUACAUGGGAAGAGGAGUUUAAAACUUGGGAGGUUGACAUCCCCUUUCAUAAUUUGAACAGUUCUGACUACACUGGCAAGGAGAGCGAGAUAGUUAUGAAUAUUAUUGGGGAUUGUGGUCGAAAUAUAUCACGUCCUGCAGCCAAGUUACUUUGUCGGAAAGCUAAGUUGUAUUCCUGGAAGUGUAACAAAAGCAUCUUGGGAAUUAGUUACACACUGUUUGAGCAACUUACUAGGUCCAAGAACAAGGAUUUCAGAAAAGUCCUUCUUGAACAUCCUGGUUUAUUAGUUCUUGAUGAGGGUCAUACUCCUCGUAAUUCAGGAACUCUUUUAUUGAAAGCUGUCUCAAAAAUCCAGACCAAAAGACGCAUCAUCCUCUCUGGAACACCCUUUCAGAAUAAUUUUGAUGAGCUAUACAACACACUCUGCUUGGCAAGGCCUAAGUUUGCUGUACGUAAUUCAUCUGAAGGCAAGGUGGUAUUUGAUGACAGGUGGGGGCUGCCAAAAAAUCAAAGCAAAGGGAAAUGGGUGUAUCUAACCAAUUCUUUUGGCAAAGUUAUUGAUGAUAGUAGAAGAUUUAAGAUAUUGGAAGAAAUUAGAAAAAUGAUUCAUCCUUUUGUUCAUGUACAUCGAGGAACCAUACUGCAAGAGAGUCUACCUGGGUUGAGGAAAUUAGUAGUUAUUUUAAAGCCAACACAGUUGCAGAAGGAAAUUUUGGAGGAUAUUCAGAAACAGAGGAAAAGUAGCUUGAAUGUGCUGAAACUAGAAUACUUGGAGUCUGUAACUGCCGUUCAUCCUGCGCUCUACGAUCUUUCUGAAGGCAAGAAAUUGAACAGAAAUAGAUUAAAUCCGGAUGAUGGUGUCAAAACAAAGUUCUUAAUAGAACUUAUCAGGGUUAGUGAGCUUGUGAAGGAAAAAGUAUUGGUUUUUAGUGAGCAUAUUGAUCCUUUGAAGCUUGUGGCAAGCCAGCUUAAAUAUCAUUUUGGUUGGACUGAAGGAGUCGAGGUGUUACGAAUUCAUGGAAGAGUUGAAGCAAAGCUGCGUCAAGCUUCAAUGAAAGCUUUUAACGAUCCCAAUAGCAAAGUAAGGGUAAUGCUAGCAUCAAUUAAGGCUUGUUAUGAAGGUAUCAGUUUGGUUGGUGCCUCAAGGGUUGUUUUACUUGAUGUUGUGUGGAAUCCUUCAGUGGAGUGGCAAGCAAUAUGUCGCGCUUACCGGCUUGGCCAAAGGAAAUUUGUGUACACUUAUCGUCUCAUCACAGUGGGGACAAGGGAUGAGGAAAAAUGUUGUCGUCAAGCUGAGAAAGAUCAAUUAUCUGAAUUGGUUUUCUUUAAUUCUGAUGGGGCUCAGCAUUGUCAAAAUUUGUCAUCUGCAGAAUUGGAAGAUCGAAUUUUGGAAAACAUGGUUCAGCAAGACAAGUUUGGACAUAUAUUUGAGAAAGUAGCUGUUAGCUAUUAA